AUGGUUUCGUCAUUUCAGACCUCAAGGCGCAGCUGCGGGCCAAGGCAUCUGAAGUGGAGCAGUUGCACUCCGAGGUCAGAUCUUGCACCAGCGAGCUCGAGCGCUCCAGGGCGGAGAUACGCCAUGCCGAGGCCAGAGCAGCUGCUCGGGAGAUCUCCAGUGUGGAAGCAGCCAAGGUGA